AUGCUCUACUCAUUCUUUUUUCUGGUACUCUUCUAUCCCACAUGUUUCCAGGCCAGACCAACCCCUCCGGUAACCACCACAACGUCCACCUUAAACCGCCAAAACUUCACCUGGGGCAACUUCGGGAAAUUCCUUCAUGCCAGAAAGGGCAGCAACUUCAGCGGCAUAUCAGAGCUCAAGAAAUACAUGCAACGUUUUGGAUACCUCAAGGAUACAAACUUUAGCUCAGGGGACAACUUUGAUGACGAAUUCCAGAUUGCAGUAAUCCAAUACCAACAGAAACAUGGCCUAGCCAUUACCGGAAAACUCAACUCUGAAACAAUCUCUCAGAUGACAUUACCGAGAUGUGGCGUACGUGACACAUCUCCACCACCAAUUUUUCAUGAAAUCCAACAUUAUAAUUACUUCAAUGGCAAGCCAAGAUGGUCACGUGCCAUUCCAACAACUCUGACUUACGCUUUUUCCCCUAACUGCAUGGUUUCAAAUUUGAACCUUUCUGAUAUAAAGCAUGCCUUCCGACGAUCUUUUUCCCGGUGGUCAGCAGUGAUUCCGGUGAACUUCACCGAAUCAGAUUUUUAUGAGUUUUCCGACAUCAAGAUAGGGUUUUACAGCGGUGAUCAUGGCGAUGGAGAGCCGUUCGAUGGAGUUUUAGGUGUUUUAGCACAUGGGUUCUCGCCUGAAAGUGGAAAGCUCCACCUUGAUGCGGCAGAGACAUGGGCGAUGGAUUUUGAAUCAGAGAAAUCCAAAGUGGCUGUCGAUUUGGAAUCGGUGGCAACUCAUGAAAUCGGGCAUGUGUUAGGAUUAGCUCACAGUUUUGAGAAAGACUCUGUGAUGUACCCUAGUUUGAGACCUAGACAGAAAAAGAUGGAUUUGAAGGUCGACGAUAUUGAAGGAAUUCAACAACUAUAUGGAUCAAACCCGAAUUUUAACAUUGAAGCUUUAUCGCAAUCCGAUACUUCUUCAAAUCAGAGUAUAGAUACAAAGAUCGAGCUCCGAUCAUCGAGGUGGAUCAUUACCCUAGCAAUUCUCCUGAUCAUGUCCAUAAUCUUCAAAGCAUGA